UUUGUGACCAGCCUCAGAGGGUGUGUCAACAUGCCUAACACUGGGGAGACUCUUAAGAAAAAUCUACAAGAUGAAAAUGGAAGAACGGCUGAUGGACAGCCUGUCUGCAGAGAUUUGCUGGCUGAUUUUGAAGACCAGGAACAAACAGAGUCUUUGUGGACUUCCUUUGCUGAUGGCAGAGUCAGACUGAGGAUAGAUAACUCAUGUCCGCAGACUCCCAUAACAGUUCAUCAGAUGUUCAAGGAGAGCCUCGAAAAAUAUGGAUCUCUUAAUGCUUUGGCCAGCAGAAAGAAUGGAAAGUGGGAGAAGAUAACUUUUUCAGAGUACUAUUGCUUUUCGAGGAAAGCAGCCAAGAGCUUCUUGAAACUUGGUCUUGAGAGAUUCCACAGCGUAGCAAUCCUUGGAUUUAAUUCUCCAGAGUGGUUCAUCUCAGCUGUUGGAGCCGUGUUUGCUGGAGGAAUUGUCACAGGAAUAUACACAACCAAUUCUCCAGAGGCCUGCCACUACAUUGCUUAUGACAGCAAAACCAACAUCGUGGUUGUGGAAAAUCGGAAACAACUGGACAAGAUAAUGCAGAUCUGGAAUCGUUUGCCACACUUGAAAGCUGUUGUGCUAUACAAGGAUUCAGUUUUGGAGAGACACCCAAAUUUGUAUACGAUGGAAGAGUUUCUGAAGCUGGGAGAUGACAUAUCUGAUGCUACUUUAGAUGACAUUAUUAACUCCCAAAAGCCAAAUCAAUGCUGCGUGCUAAUAUAUACAUCAGGAACAACUGGGAAGCCAAAAGGAGCUAUGCUGAGUCAUGACAAUAUAACGUGGACGUCAGCACAUUGCAGCAGAGCAGGAGAUAUGCAACCCGCAGAGGUCCAACAGGAGUCCAUAGUCAGUUAUCUUCCACUCAGCCACAUAGCUGCACAAAUAUACGACCUGUGGACUGGAAUCAAAUGGGGAGAGCAAGUUUAUUUUGCUGAGCCAGAUGCUCUGAAGGGCAGUUUAAUCAACACACUAAAAGAAGUGCAACCAACAUCUCACAUGGGAGUUCCCAGAGUAUGGGAGAAAAUCAUGGAGAAAUUAAAGGAUGCUUCUGCUCAGUCAGGAUUUGUGAAGAAGAAAAUGCUGUCGUGGGCUAUGUCAGUGAGCUUAGAGAGAAACCUGAACUGCUCAAGCAGCAGUGACUUGAAACAGUUUUGGACAAGGCUAGCAGACUACUUGGUGCUUGCUAAAAUACGCAGUGCACUGGGUUUUUCUAGCUGUCAGAAGCAUUUCUGUGGUGCUGCUCCUCUCAAUACAGAAACGCUGUAUUUUUUCUUGGGUCUGAACAUCACCCUGUAUGAAGCCUAUGGCAUGAGUGAGACCACAGGCCCACACUGCCUCUCAGGGCCGUAUAACUACAGGCAGCACAGCUGUGGUAAACCAGUACCUGGCUGCAGAGUGAAAUUAGUGAAUGAAGAUACAGAAGGCAAUGGAGAAAUCUGUUUCUGGGGAAGGACUGUUUUCAUGGGUUAUUUAAACAUGGAAGACAAAACAAAAGAAGCCUUUGAUGAGGAUGGGUGGCUGCAUUCUGGAGAUUUAGGAAAACUAGACAAGGAUGGCUUUCUCUAUGUCACUGGAAGAAUUAAAGAUUUGAUUAUUACAGCUGGAGGUGAAAAUGUGCCUCCCAUUCCAAUUGAAGAUGCUGUUAAAAAAGAACUCCCAAUUGUUAGUAACGCCAUGGUGAUUGGAGAUAAAAAGAAAUUUUUGUCCAUGUUGCUGACCCUAAAGUGCAUCCUGGACCCAGACACAUCGGAUCCCACUGACAUCCUCACUGAACAAGCCAGAGAUUUCUGCCAAAAGAUUGGCAGUAAAGCCACUACAGUAUCAGAGAUUGUAGCGACAAGGGAUCAGGCGAUCUACCAGGCCAUUCAGGAGGGAAUCAACAAAGUCAACAUGAAUGCCACUAAUAGGGUUCAUUGCAUUCAAAAAUGGAUAGUGCUGCCGAGAGACUUCUCUAUUUCUGGGGGAGAACUAGGUCCCACCAUGAAGUUAAAACGGCUCACUGUGCUUAAGAAAUACAAAAAUGAAGUGGACUCCUUCUAUGAAGAGUAAGAAGCCUUUCAUCGGAGCAUUAAGAAAGAUUUGUAAGCUACAGGAAGUAUUUCCUAAUCAAAAUCAUUAAGGAAAACUAAUGCUUGUUUUUAUUUUGCAGUCAUGCACUAGAAAGCUGCUAUGUUAAUUUAGUUAUUCCCAGUACUCACCUGAUAGUUUGUCCUGUUAUGUACAGCGUGCCCAUUCUAUAAUAUGUAUUUUACAUUAUGCCCUAAAUGAGCAAGAUUAAUGAUAUCCUCAUAGGUUGUGUGAAGUGAGUAUAUGUUCUCUAGACUGAAACAGAAAAAACAGUGAUCUGCCCUUAUAAUUUUUUUGUUCUGCAGGAGGUUGCCUGGAGCUUAUGUGGUAAAUGACUAGUUAGCAGUACCUGUUUAGUAAAAUUGUUCUACCACUCUGGAUAUAAAGCUGAUUAGUUUUUAAAAUAACAAUAAUAAAAAAUCCAAGGCCUGUUUUCUUUCAUCCUAGGGAAAAGUGUAUUUCUGUUCACUAGCUCAGCAUUUUGUAACCCUCUUCCACUUCUAUACCAGCUAGACUUUUCUAAAAGCAGCAGGUCAUCAUUUCUUAAAUCCAUGUUGAAAUAAGCAUUACUAUUUCUUCUAAAACCAACACUCAAAGUUGGGAAAACAAUUCCUGAAAAUGGAAAGAUACAAAGUAGGUAAUAUGGGAGCUCUCACCUCAAAGCACAAUUAACACAUUUUAAAUAAGAGUAUUGCAACUCUACUUUCAUGUUUCAAUACUGAUGUUGUUCUAAUGCUGACAAACGGGAGCAUUUCUUCUUUCCCUUAGAAAAUAUAAAUUGCUAUAUGAAGGGUUAAAAGGGCUGCUGAUAGUUCAGUCAGUGGUGGCAGAGAGUUAUAAUGGAUAACAGCUAGGGAGUCUGCAGCCAUCUUUCUUGAUUUAAAACCAACUAACCAUGCAGGGCAGAAUAUUGUUUCAAUGGAAGUUUCACGAUCAGUCUUAAACAUCCUAUAAACUUCAGAGUUUGUUGCAAGUGUCAGCAAUCAGCUUAAUGCAUCAGACAAAGUAGGAGCCUGGGAUUAUCAAGACAACAAGCAGCAGGACUUCAAAAAGUUUAUUUUUUCCCCAUUUUGUGCGUAAUGGUACUGCAAAAGGUCUUAAGAUUAAUCUAGAGGAAACAAGGAAGCAGCAGCUUGUAAAACACAAGGAAAUGAUACCCUAUUCACCAAAAGCAGAGAGCACAAGAAAUAAAGCUUACUGUCCCCCCUCCAACACGUUGUUAGGCUGUACAAAAAAGCUGGGUUGCUUACUUCAUAGAGUUCUGCUAGAAGACAUUAUUCAAAAUAGUUUUGAUUCUGAAAUAACCAGCCUGAACAGCCUCACUAGGAAGUAACCAAGAGGUGUAAUACCCAUAAAUACAAUUGAGCUUUAAGACAUCUGGCUCUGGCAGUAGGUAUAAACUUGUGUUAGCCACGAGUUUUACAAACGUGCAUUUUCUUGAAGGAUAUGCUAAAAGGAGCAUACCCUUAAGAAAUCCAGGUCAGAAUGGCUCAUGAUUACCUGUGUGUGAUGAAGAAGGGAGGGGGAAAAAAAAGAGGUGCUUUGGUGCUUACUAAGCUUAGGAAGCAGGAGAAGAAAAGGUCUCUGAUCCCUGAAUAGGGAUGAAAUGUAUUUCUGGAACGUAGGCACCCAGAGCCAGACCUUCAAUCUGUCUUCAUUCCAUUAGGACUAGUCUUUUACAUUCAGAGUUUAUGGAAUAGAAUCAGUGAGACACACUGAGCAGGCUUCAUAAAAACAAAGUAUAACACAAAAAGCAAUCCAGCAGAAGCCAUGAAAUAUUUUGUAUAAACUGGUGAAGUUAAUAACUUCCCUUCAUAAUACAGAGCAGGAGUGAGUUUUUCUAAUUUACUCUCGUUACAACUCUCUUGUAAAUUAGGCUGUGUUUCAGAAAGGAAAACUUGUAAGAACUAUUUUGAUACAGAUUUGAAAAAUAUCUUUGUUAAUAUCAGUUCUCAC